CGCCGAUGCCCUAUCCCGGCGCCCUGACCACGACCAGGAGCACAUCCAGCUCUCUUCCAUCUCGGUCAGCACCGUCCACCACUCGAUGAUCGACGAGUUUCGCACUCAGUACCGCCACUUCCCCGACUAUCGCGACAUCCACGCGACACUUCAGAGUGGCAAGACCGUCCCGAACUACUCUCUCGGGGACAACGGUCUUGUGUACUGCCACGGUUCACAGGGCACCAGAGAGCCCCGUAUUUGUGUUCCCUCCACUGGACAGCUACGUGUCCGAGCAGUAGCAGAGUUCCAUGACCAGGCAGUAGCAGAGUUCCAUGACCAGGCAGCUGCCGGUCAUAUGAGCUUUUACAAGACGUUGGCUCGUGUGAGCCGCCUGUACGUCUGGCCGAAGCGCAAGGACUUUGUGAAGGACUACGUCGCAGAGUGUCCCACCUGUCAGGAGGUGAAUAGUGCGAAGCACCUACCUUAUGGUUUGCUCCAGCCUCUUCCUAUCCCUGAGGGUCGUUGGCAGUCCAUCUCGAUGGACUUUAUCGGUCCUCUUCGACCUCCGACCCCCCGCGGUCAUGAUGCUAUCCUGGUCGUCGUUGACCACUUCACGAAGCGUGCACGAUUUGUUCCGUGCCGCUAUGCCAUCAGUGCACGUGAGGUCGCCGACAUCGUAUUUGACCGAGUCGUGCGUGACCACGACUUACCUCUGAGCAUCAUAUAUGACCGUGACCCGCGCUUUACCAGCCGAUUCUGGCGACGACUCCACGAGGUGUACGGCACUCAGCUCCACUUCUCCUCGUCUUACCAUCCUCAGACUGAUGGUCAGACCGAGAUCACGAACAGGACUCUCGGGGAUAUUCUUCGAAAGAUUGUUUGUGACGACCAGCAGUGGGAUCUCCAUCUUGCCCACGCGGAGAUAGCCUACAACCACGCCGUCUCGCCAGCCACGGGGAUGUCACCUUACUAUUGUGACCUCGGCUAUCACCCGCGUGUUCCCGCGGACUUCCUUCGACCGUCCCAGAUGCACCCCGACACGAGUUGUCCCGCGCCAGAUAAUUGGGUUGCACACAUGACGUCGAUAAUGAAGACCGCACAUGAGCACAUAGCCGCUUCCCAGACUCGCAUGGCAGCACGUGCGAACCGAUCGAGGAUGGAUCACCCAUUCAAGGUCGAUGAUGAUGUGCUUAUCGAUGCCCGCCACUUACAGCUCGAAGCGGACACGCUUCGCAAGUUUCGACGUCGCUUCUUUGACCCAUGCUGCAUCCUCCAGGUCGUCGGUUCUGAUACGGCAUUUAACCCGGUCAGCUUUCGUGUGAAGCUGUCCGACUACCUACGCCAGGCUCGUGUGCAUGAUGUCUACCACGUCUCGUUACUGCGUCCUUACCGCAGACCGUCUGAGCAUUUUGCUGGACGACCAUACGAGCGCCCUCCACCCAUCAUGGUGGACGGCCACGAGGAGUUCCGCGUUUCAGACAUCAUUGGUCGCCGAGUCACCGACGACAACCCUCCCCACGUCGAGUAUCUCGUACGUUGGAAGGGUUACCCUGAUGAGGAGGCUACUUGGGAGCCCCUCCAGCACUUGGAGCACGCUUGCAUGUUGGUGCGUGCCUAUGACCGUGCUCGUCGUGCUGGGUUCACUGCUCCUCCUCAGCCCACUGACUCUCCUCCUUCUCCUCCGGCUGAGGAGACCGCUGAAGCCGAGCCUACUCCAUCUGAGGCAGACCUUCAGCAGCAGCCGGAUGCUUCUGAGCGUCCACAGCGCACUCGUCGUCGUCCUGCUCGAUACGACGAUUGACUCUGACUUACCUUCCCACGUC